GCCUCUCAGCACCUUUAUUGCAACCUCCUUCUGUUACGUGCAGCCUUCUUCUUCUCCUCCUCCUUACUCAAUUCUUUAUGUAUAUAUAUGGAGGGUGGUAGUGGUGGGUCUUGUUCAUCAAUGGAGAAGGUGAUGGGAAACUAUGGAGAUCAACCUCAUGUUUUAGCAGUGGAUGACAACCUGAUUGACCGAAAACUCGUUGAAAAGUUGCUUAAGAACUCUUCUUGCAAAGUCACCACAGCAGAAAAUGGGCUAAAAGCACUGGAGUAUUUGGGGUUGGGCGUUGAUGGAAGGAACAAAUUAGACACUAAUGUUUCCAAGAUGAAUUUGAUCAUCACUGAUUAUUGUAUGCCUGGAAUGACAGGCUAUGAACUACUCAAGAAAAUUAAGGAAUCAUCAAUCAUGAAGGAGGUUCCAGUUGUGAUUAUGUCAUCUGAGAACAUCCCAACUCGUAUUACCAAGUGCUUAGAGGAAGGAGCUCAGAUGUUCAUGCUCAAGCCCCUCAAGCAGUCAGAUGUGAAGAAAUUGAGGUCUGAUUUAAUGAGCUGCAGAAGAUGACAACAAAUUUGUUUGAAAAAGAACUUUGGAACAAUACCCAUGAAGACUAAAAAUAGGGUGGUCAUUAACUGGAGACCACAUACCUUUGUUAUCAGAUCAACUUGGUUUAGCUUGAAGCAAACAGCUCAUUUUGAUUUUGUUCAAAGCUCUGACUUUUGCAUUAACUAUUUAGAGGACAAUUUAAUUUCAUUUA